AUGUCUGGAGACCACAGUAACCUCAAAUCUCGCCCGUAUGAGCCCGCACAUGUCUCUGAAGUCGGUUCCGAGCCAUUGAGUUUCGCCUCCGCUGAGUAUAAGCGCCAUCCGAUGUACUCGCCCAGGGAAUGGCUCUUAGAAACCAUCACCUCAAUUUUGAGCCUAGGCCUCCUCAUUGGCAUCGCCUGCAUCUUCUGGUAUAUGGACAACAAGCCUCUCUCUGCCUGGAGCGCCCGUGUUUCUCUCAGCGCGACUAUUUCUAUCCUGACUACCGGCUACACCGCGGCGCUGAUGCACGGCGUGAGCCAGUUCAUCGGCCAACUCAAGUGGCUUCACUUCAAGACCGGAUCUCGGAAGCUUUCUCACUUUGAAACAUUUGAUGAAGCUAGCCGCGGCGGCACAUGGGGAUCUAUCAUGUUACUUACCACAGUCAAGUGGAACCUGGCCACAAUUGGCGCGUUUAUCACUAUCAUGCGACUCACCUUGGCGCCAUUUGCCCAGCAAGUGAUCCUGUUCCAGCAGCGACAAAUCUACUCCCCCGAUGACCGCGUCACCUUUGGAUAUACACACAAAUACUCCCUUGAGUGGAUGGGAGAAAUGGUGAACCCUCGUAUUGAGAGCAUUCCGCAAGAUCCCAAUAUGCAGUCCGCUGUGGUCCAAGGACUCUACGGCAUCAACACCCCGGCAAUGUUCAGCUGCCCCGGGGAGUGUCGUUGGACUGGGUCCUAUAUAUCACUGGGUUUCAAGAGCCAGUGCAAGAACGUCACCCAGGAAACCUUGCGGUCAGCCAAAUGUGAUGGUAAUGAGUAUUCCACGCAAUGCAACAUGACGACACCAGGCGGAUUAGGCAUCUCGACUCGCUAUUACUUCACCCAAUGGGCUACUAACUACUUCUUGAAUGCAUCUUCAAUGUUGGGAAACCCAACAGUCACAGCUCUGCCAGACACCUUUCCGGAAAUUACAAGAUUCGCAGUAUACAGAUCGACCCCGAACUUUGAUCUCCAACCUGAGAACAUUAACAUUACGGAAUGCUCUCUCUCACUCACGGCGUACGAAUACAUAGACGCAAAGGCGAACGGCAGUGAUUUUUCCUUUGGGAAGAUCCGGGAGGUUGAUUUCGGCAUCACGAAUCCCUGGAAACGUUCAUGUUGUCAGUAUGAAUGGGGCUGGCUGUACACGAACGAGUCCAAGACCGAUAAUAUUCCUGCGCUCGAAAUACUCUAUUCCAAUCUCGCAGCCCUGCGAAAUUUCUUGGUGUCCCCGACGAUCGUUACUGAGUGGGUUGAAGGAAACUUUGACAACAAAAACCUAGGUCUGGCUGCUGCUCUAUCUGGUGACGUGAACAUCGAGCAGCGUUUUGAGAAAAUGGCGGCCAGUAUGACGGACUAUCUGCGUCACGGGCCAAACGCCGAGGCUGCACAUGGAGAGAGAAUCGAGAGCCAGCCGUUUGUUUUGAUUCGCUGGCCGUAUUUUAUUCCGCUUAUAGCAACUGAGCUGAUAGCGAUUAUGUUCGCUGUCUUGACCAUAUUCAGCAAUCGUAAGGACCGCCAAGUUCCUCUGUGGAAGACUUCGACGCUUGCGGUGCUGGCUUGUCAGCAUGAGAAGCGGCUUGGCUUGCUACAGAGCACGGUCACGGAUGUCAAGGACCUCCAGGAGUCGGCGGGGAAGACUGAAGUACGGCUGCAGUAG